AUGAAGUUCUCGACGACUCAAAAAUGCUACACGUUCAGCUCCUGCUUUGACGAGUACGGUGUUGGGGCUGACUGGGAAGACAUCGAUGGGUCCGCCGUGGUAUUUUACGAGAAGGAGCAAUGCCAAGGAUCGAAGUUCGUCAGUCGCUCAGUCCCCAAGGGGCAAGUGACGUUUUCAUUCAGCGAAGGCGCCAAGUCGUUUAUGGUUUGGGCUGACGGGAUGUAUGCGACAAAAGGCAUCGAGCUCGAGUGUCUGGAGCGCGCAACGUUGAACGCAACGAAUACGAGUGACUCUUCUUCUGCGUUCGACGAUGUUACUCAGCCGAGAAGCGACUUCAGUCUAGACAAUGCUUAG